AAAGAAUAAAUCAAUUCUUUUGUCAUUCUUCCACGAUGUUCCAUCAAAGACUCGCACUCGAGAAUAACCUCUCAGAUCUGGCUUUGUUGAUGUGCCCCUGAACUUUGAUCAGGGGCUGUGAAUGAAAAGAUACCGUAAGCCAAAGUAGCAUCACAGUGCGCCACGACGUUUCAGUGGGCGGAUACUUGGGCGCAUCACCCCUGAGGACCCUUCUAGACCAUCCCCUGUUGUUCUUCACACUGUGCCGAUACCGAACCCGAAUACAGCCGCCGUCCGCAUAUCGACUAAGGCGCUCGCCCCAGGCAGGCUUUCUCCUCCCGUCCUGUCGCUGUCUGUUUCGUAAUCGUCAAACUUCAAAGUCAACGCAAGCACACCCAAACCCAAAACUAAAUCCUUUCGCCGUCGUUCCUUGAAGAUCCUCUUUUCUUUUUUUCCUCGCACUGGUUUCGUCUCUCCUUUUUCUUUUCGUUCCCGAGUCUCUUCAACCUUCUUCUCAUCCUACGACAUCGCGUAUCUUUUCCUCUUGGUAAGCGGAUUCGGGAGGCAGCCCGACACCGCCAGACGAUUAGCCCAUCAUGUCCGGACGAUACGAACGAAUUAACGGUCAAGACGAGGAGGACUUUGACGCCCGAAACAACAACAAUAACAACAAUCUCUCUCAUCCGAUCCCCCACUCGCCACCUCCCUCAUUUCACUCUCGAUCUUCUUCUCCCCAACCAACGCGCCAGGUCGAUGCUACUCUUGCCGAUGCCUUUGACGAUGAUGACGAUAGCGACGAUGAGGUUGAUGAUCGGAGGCGAUUGAUGCGACAGAACUCGACACCAUCUAUGGAUAAUGUCAACACAAUACCAACACCUGCUCAACCGGCUGCUCCGGCACCAACGCCGUCCGGUUCAAGGCCAACAAGAAUUGUAGGAGGCGGUUCUGGAUCAGAUGGUGUUUUUGCCAAUUUGUCUGCGCGCCCGGAGAGAGGGAGCAGUGAUCCCGAGAAAGACGAAUUACCACCGUCCUACGAACAAGCCGCGGCCGAUGCUGCUCCUCCAUAUUGGGAGACGACUAUUCUCGCUCCCGGCAUGGGAGGACCCGACGAGGUUUACAUCGACGGCAUGCCAGUUGGCUCAUUCUUCUCCUUUGUCUGGAACGGCAUGAUCUCAACAUCCUUCCAGCUCGUCGGUUUCCUCCUUACAUAUCUUCUCCACUCAACCCACGCCGCCAAGAACGGUUCUCGCGCUGGUCUCGGCAUUACCCUUAUUCAAUACGGUUUCUACAUGAAAGGCGUUUCCGAAGACGAGCCCCCAGCGAUGAGCGGCCCCGAUGGCUACGCCGCACCACCCGACCCCAAUUCCCACAGCUUCAAGCAAGGCGACGUAACAGACGAUGAUCUCGGCAGCAUUAGUGGAGGCGAGUGGCUAGGUUACGUGCUCAUGGUAGUCGGCUGGUUCCUUCUUAUCAAGAGCGUCGCCGAGUUUCUACGAGCACGACGUCACGAGCAGCUCGUCCUCCAGAGCCCUGAUCGUGGUCUUGGUGUACCGAUCAUCGCUGAGGGAGAGUCGAACGAGCGGGUAGUCUAAAUCAGCGGGUUUGAAUAUGUACAACAAUACCCUUAUAUCAUGGAAGCGCAUCAGUCGAGAGACGUAGGCGUUAACUCUUUUCCUUUUGGCGUUUCUUGGGUGGGUGGAUGGAUGGGAAGGAUAUUUUGGUCCCUACUACAAGCUUAGUGUUUGGCGCGUCACACGCAGUUUCUUACGUCUCUAUAUACGUCUCUUAACAUGAUUUUGGUUGUAUUUAUGUUUUGGCAGCUGAUGGCAGCCUGAGAACCGUAGAUAUAAAGGGCUCAUCAUAAAUGAGCGAAGAAUCCUCUUUCUUCCUGUUCUCGUCGUCCGUAUUUCAGCUAAAUUAUCGUAAACCCGAUACGAAAGAUCAAAGCCUCUAUUCCCGAAACAUUCUCCUCCCCAGUCUAAUAUCC